AUGAAGAGUGGAAAAUCUGGCGAAGAUGGUGGAGUUAGCGCUGGAAUGCUGAAAUCUCUUCUUCCUUCUGGGAUUGGUGAGAUGACGAAGAUCAUAAGUUCAAUAUGGAUUGACGACAGAACACCUAAUUUGUGGAAUCACACUAUUAUAACUCCUCUCAACAAGAAGCUCUCCGUCUGGAACUCAGCAAUUACCGAGGAGUGUCACUGCUGUGUACAAUGUACAAAAUUUGGAGCGGUUCAUCCUGGAUCGACUAGUCCGACAUCGCGAAGAAACCACCCGUGA